GACUUGUGACGUAUCUGUACAUACAUCUUUCUACCUACACAAAUAACUUGUCUGGUGUGUGUGGUACAUGUUUAAUGUGAUAUUUACUGGCCACGUUACUCAUAUAAAUAUUUGUGUACUAAAUGAGACCUGACAUGUUUGUACAGUGCUCGUUAUACUAGUGCUCUGUCACAUUGUUGUCCUGUUAUUCACAUAAAUUUUAUACACUUUUUAUACUUGCUUGCCUUCAAAAUUAAUUCGCAUAUUGAAUGACAAAAUGUUUGUCUUAACUCGAAACAAAUUCCAAAAAAUUAUGAUAAAACGUGGAGGAAUUGUGCUAACACAACGAUUAGCUAGGAGUACUGUGUCAUCAUAUGAUAUCUCUGAAUACCAAUAUCUGCAAGUUAGUAAAGUUCCAACGCUACAUUUUCAAGCUUCUUUACCACGAUUACCAAUACCAAAGCUUGAAGAUACAUGUAAGAGAUAUUUGAAUGCGCAGAAACCUCUAUUGAAUGAGAAGGAAUUGCAAAACACAUCAGCCUGCAUCUCGAAAUUUCUUGCCAAUGAGGGGCAAAGUUUGCAGAAACAGCUGAUCCAUAUUAAUAAUGAAAACUCACAUACUAGUUACAUUAGUGAACCAUGGUUUGAUAUGUAUUUACGAGAUCGCAAGCCUUUACCUAUCAAUUACAAUCCUUUCUUAGUUUACAGUCCAGAAUCCGAUCCAAAAUAUGAUACACAAUUGGUAAAGGCGACAAAUCUCGUUGUGUCAUCAUUGAGAUUCUUGAAGUCUCUCAAAAAUAACAUUUUAGAACCAGAAGUAUUUCAUAUGAAGCCUGAAAAAUCGGAUACUGAACUGUUUCGCAAUGUCACAAGAUUGAUUCCACCUCGCUUUAGCUGGUACGGUGCUUACUUGUUUAAGGCUUUUCCAUUGGAUAUGUCACAAUAUAAAAAUCUGUUUAAUACAACUAGAAUACCAGGAUUAGAGAAGGAUGUAAUCUUCCAUGAUUCUUCAGCAAAGCACUUGGUUGUAUUAAGGAGAGGUCAUUUUUACGCGUUUGAUGUUUUAGAUUCAAAUGAUUUCAUUCGUAGUCCUAAAGAGAUAGCUGCAUGUUUAAAGGCGAUUUUGGAAGAUGAUAGGCCACCAAAUAAACAUCCUGUAGGAGUUCUUACGACAUCAGAAAGGGAUCAGUGGGCACAAGCACGUUCACAUUUAGUCGAAACAGGGAAUCGAGAAAUUCUUAAGAAAAUUGAUUCAGCUGUAUUUGCAAUGAUCUUGGAUGACGAAGUUAUUGGUACUGAUCAUAACAAGCUACUUAGAACAUAUUUACAUGCAGAUGGUACCAAUCGAUGGUUCGACAAGUCGUUUUCUCUUAUUGUUUCUAAGGACGGUUGCAGUGGAAUCAAUUUUGAACAUUCAUGGGGUGAUGGUGUUGCGGUACUCAGGUACUUCCAGGAUGUGAAGGCUGAUAUAUCUAAGAAUCCUAAGUUUCAUCCUAAUGAAGUAAAUGAACUUACGCAAGAAAGUGCAAAUAUUGAGAGACUACAAUUUUCUAUAGAUGCAGAGAGCGAAAAUAUUAUUAAUCAACAAAAAGCGAAAUAUCAAGAUUGGAUCAAUCGACUGUGCAUUGACUAUACAAUAUAUGAAGAGUUUGGCAAAAAUCAGUGUAAGAAGCUCAGAGUAAGUCCAGAUGCCGUGAUGCAGCUAGCAUUCCAGUUGGCAUUGUACAUUCUAGAAAACAAAGUGGUACCGACUUAUGAAUCUUGCAGCACAGCUGCAUAUAAACACGGCAGAACAGAAACUAUCAGACCUUGUACAUUAGAGACUAAAAAAAUCUGCAUUGCUAUGACUCGACAACAAACUGAACUGUCUAAAUCAGAUUUAAAAAAUAUGAUACUUGAUUGUAGUAAAGCUCACAAUGUGCUUACUAAAGAAGCUGUAAUGGGCCAAGGAUUUGAUAGACAUUUAUUUGUCUUAAAAAAAAUUUCAGAAAAAUCUGGUUCUACUAAGCCAGUCAUUUUUCAAGAUCCAGCUUACGACGCUUUAAAUCACAAUAUAUUAUCUACAUCCACUUUAUCAAGUCCAGUUGUAAUAGCUGGUGGAUUUGGACCAGUAGUAGCUGAUGGUUAUGGAAUAGGAUAUAUGAUCCAGGAUGAACGAUUAGGUACUGUUGUGACAAGUUAUGAAGGCAAUCGUAAUGCCACUAAAUAUGUACAAACAUUGGAACAUGCAUUCAAGAAGAUCCAUGACGUUCUAUCCAAAUAAGUUAUCACUGUAUAUUAUAGCCAGAUAUAUUUAGAUAUAUUUUUUCCGAAAUCAUUGAUACUAUAUAAUUACGAUAUACAUUAUACAGAUAUAUUAUACAUUUACACAAAAAAAAUGUUUACAAUCAUGUUAACUUAUAUCAGAGGUAUCACACAUUUCUCUAUUUUUGUCAAAAUCUUAAAAACAGUAAUGAGUUACCUCUGAUAAUAAGAAACUGUUAUAUACAAUUGUUGAGAAUAAAUAUUUUUAAUAUUUUUAUACAUAA